GACACCAAGAGGAAGACGCUUCUGCAGCAGUUCAUUACAGUACAAAGCUAUCAAAUAACAAUCCAAAAAGUUUCUGCACAGGAUGUGAUUUAUGUCCUGAAGGGUCUGGAGAUACACUUGGUGCCAUCCAUUCCUGCAAGAUGUAUUGAGAUUCACUGGCUACAUGAUGGAAGCGACGUGGUAUUGUUUAAUGGCAUGGUGGACAUUCUCUAUCAUCCAUACAAGAACCGAAUCACUCUGGACCGGGUCUCGGCAGAACUCAUCAUGAAAAACGCCACAUAUGAAGACAGUGGAGUCUAUAGCCUGUAUAUGAACAUAAACCAAGAGCUGCAUUCACGUCACUAUAAAAUUGAGGUUAUAGACAAAGUAACCAAACCCAACAUAUCCUGUGAGAUGAACGACACAAAGCAGGCGAUGCUCGUGUGCUCAGCAGAGUCCAGACAUCCUCAUUUGUUAAACUUUAAGUGGAACUCAGGUGGAAAGGAGCAGACUGGACACCGUUUAACAAUAACUGUCAGGAAUGAAGAUGAUGAUCAAGUUUAUCAUUGUGAAGUCAGCAACCCUCUGACCAAUGAAACGGCUUCAUUCACUGCAAAGGACUGCUUCCUGGAUAAAAUAUCAUAUGUUCAGCAGACAAUUGCCAUUGUAUCCUACAUCAUCAUUCUGAUCAUCACGUUCAGUGGUUAUGUUAUGUACCUAAAGAGUCACUGUUCAAAAGCUAAACUAAAAGAAAAGUUGAAGCCGGAAGAACAUCUUAACCCAGAGAGUGCAGUGCACAAUUGCGCAGACAACGAAGAGACGAAGCAGAAGAACGAGGAAGAUACAGCCGUGGCGACGCCGACGACGACGAGUAAGAUGAAGAAAUACGCUUGCAUGGACACUAUUGCCCAACUUGAAGAUACCGGAGGGAAUCAUCAAGUUUAUGAAGAAAAUCUGACACGAGAAGAUGACUUACCAAAUCAAGCAACUCUCAUCAACCAGCAAGUAGAAGAAAUCAGGUGAAACCACACAUGGGCAGGAAGCAGUUUUAGUCAUGACACAAUGUGGAAGGUCUCAUUCUCUCGUUUUUUCUGAAAGACGAAAAAAUGAACCAUGAAGGAAAAAGGACUUCUGGUGUUACCAACACAAUCCCUUUUAAUGCAUGCCCUGCAGUAACUGUGACCAGGACUAACAAUGUGUUGAUUCUUUUAUUGUGGGUCAUUAUUUGACAUUUAAAUAUGAUUAUGGAUUGUGUGACCAAUAGAGAGGAUGACAUUACUGUACAGCAGGAGUCACCAACGCGGUAGCCUGUAAGGACCAGAUGAGUCGCCCGCUGGCCUGUUCUAAAAAUAGCUCAAAUAGCAGCACUUACCAGUGAGCUGCCUCUAUUUUUUUAAAUUGUAUUUAUUUACUAGCAAGCUGGUGUCGCUUUGCUCGAAAUUGUUUAAUUCUAAGAGAGACAAAACUCAAAUAGAAUUUGAAAAUCCAAGAAAAUAUUUUAAAGAUUUGGUCUUCACUUGUUGAAGUAAAUUCAUUUUUUUUUUUUUUUUACUUUGCUUCUUAUAACUUUCAGAAAGACAAUUUUAGGGAAAAAAUACAACCUUAAACAUUAUUUUAGGAUUUUUAAACACAUAUACCUUUUUACCUUUGAAAUUCGUUCCUCUUCUUUCCUGAAAAUUUAAACCAAAGUUCAAGUAUUUUUUAUUUUUUUUUAUUGUAAAAAAUAAUGAAUACAUUUGAAUUUAAUUCUUCAUUUUAGCUUCUGUUUUUUCGACGAAGAAUAUUUGUGAAAUAUUUCUUCAAACUUAUUAUUAUAAUUUAAAAAAAACUCUUCUGGCAAAUCAAGAAAAUCUGUAGAAUCAAAUUUAAAUCUUAUUUCAAAGUCUUUUGAAUUUCUUUUAAAAUGUUUGUUGUGGAAAAUCUAGAAAAAAAUAAUGAUUGCAGAUUGGAUUUUAACCUAUUUAAAACAUGUCAUCAAAAUUUUAAAAUUAAUCUUAAUCAGGAAAAAUUACUAAUGAUGUUCCAUAAAUUCUUUUUUUAAUUUUUUCAAAAAGAUUCCAAUUAGCUAGUUUUCUCUUUUUUUUUUUCGGGUGAAUUUUGAUUUUUAAAGAGUCGAAAUUGAAGAUAAACUAUGUUUCAAAAUUAAAUUUUCAUUUUUUUUUCGUGUUUUCUCCUCUUUUAAACCAUUCAAUUAAGUGUUUUUUUUCAUCAUUUAUUCUCUACAAAAAACCUUCCGUAGAAGGAAAAAAAAUGUACGACGGAAUGACAGACAGAAAUACCCAUUUUUUUGUGAUAUUUAUCUGUUUCUAUAUACAUUUAUUGUGAGAAAUCAUUAAGAUGAUUAGUUUUUCCACAAUGAUAAAUAUCAUUAAUUAUUAAAAAAUAACAGACUGAAAGGUAGAUUGAGCAAAUUGGCUAUUUCUGGCAAUUUAUUUAAGUGUGUAUCAAACUGGUAGCCCUCCGCAUUAAUCAGUACCCAAGAAGUAGCUCUUAGUUUUAAAAAGGUUGGUGACCCCUGCUGUACAGAGUGAGGCAAACAUUUCCAUACAGAGGAAAACAACUUGUUUUUAUAGGGUAACAAAAUGCUUUCUGUAAAAUGUGUUAGCAUUGCAACCAUAUGAUUGCUUCCAGAACCGGCUUUAAGGAUUAUUUCAAUGUGUUGCGCUUUGUUCAAAUGCUUCUGCUAGAUUAUCUGAAAUAUAAAAUAAUACAAUGUUGAAUGUACGGAAACGUAUGGCACACCCUUAUGAUGGACUCAUGUUAUGACGGCGUUGAAAAAAUCUGCAAAGACUCCUCCCACCCCACCAAGGACUGUUUUCACUGCUGGACUCUAGGAAGAGGUUCUGCAGCCUCCGAAGCAGAACCUCCAGGUUCUGUAACAGCUUCUUCCCCUCAGGCCGUAAGACUCUCGAAUGCAUCAUAAUUAAAUGAUCCCCUUAACUCCCCCCAAAAUGGAUUAACUUGCUGGAAUAAAAAAUACAAUAUAACAUACAUCCAUAAACAGGGACGCAUAUGAAAAAGUGCAAUACAUUUUCUCUGUAAUUUUAAUUUAUUUAUUUAUAUCUGCACCUUAUUGCUUUUUUUUUAUCCUGCACUACCAAGAACUAAUGCAAAAAAAAAUUCGUUCUUAUUUGUACUGUAAAGUUCAAAUUUUAAGGACAAUUAAAAUGAAGUCCAAGCCUAAAUCUAGGUCUAACGUCAUACAAUAAAAAAAUGACUUGCACUGCUUGAGUUUUAUAUGCUAUUAACAUGUUCAAUUUAGGGAUGUGUGAGUAAAAUUGCUGGACUGUAAGGAUGACAUGGUAACCACUUGGAAAUCGUGCAGACCUUACAGCUGAUACAUGUGAUAUGAAUUAAGUUUCUCAAGAUGUUAAGUAUUUGCCGUUUACAAGCUAGGUCAAAUAUUUAAUUUUUUUUAGAGCUGUUCAAUUUACACAUGAUACAUGGGUUGAAAUAAGCUAUUAAAAAUAUUUUUACAACAA